AUGCCGCCUGCUGCGAUUGACGACUACUCGCGGCCGGUGACGCCCGAAAACGAGAACGGGAGGCCCAAUGGCGUGUCGUCGCCUCGGACGCCCAAGAAUGUGGGAUUGAGUCUCACAGAGUACACGGCGAAUCCUAGCCCGCCGUCUGAGGACCAGAAGAGCAAGGCGCAGAGUGCGAUUCCGGAGGCGUUUUUGCUGCCGAAUGGCUAUCCUGAUUACUUGCGAUUGAUCCUCACGUCGCGCGUCUACGAAGUCGUCACCGAAACGCCCCUCACGCACGCGACGAAUCUCAGCAAUAGGUUGGAAUGCAACGUCCUCCUCAAGCGCGAAGACCUCCAGCCCGUCUUCAGCUUCAAGCUGCGCGGCGCAUACAACAAGAUGGCACACCUUGACCCAAAGGCCCGCUGGAAAGGCGUUGUCGCGUGCAGCGCAGGAAAUCACGCACAGGGCGUUGCAUACAGCGCGCGGCACCUGCGCAUCCCCGCGACCAUUGUCAUGCCGUCUGGCACCCCGGAUAUCAAGCACAAGAACGUGAGCAGGUUGGGCGGCAGUGUAAUAUUGCAUGGAGCAGACUUUGACGCGGCAAAAGCGGAGGCAGCGCGGUUGGAGAAGCUGCAUGAUUUGAUUAGCAUCCCGCCGUUUGACGAUCCGUACGUGAUCGCCGGGCAGGGCACGAUUGGCAUGGAACUGCUACGACAAACAAAUCUACAGGACCUGGAAGCAGUAUUCUGCUGCGUGGGCGGCGGAGGACUCAUCGGUGGCAUCGGCAUCUACAUCAAGCGGAUAGCACCGCACGUCAAGAUCAUCGGCGUAGAAGCCUACGACGCAAACGCCAUGGUGGAAUCCCUCCGCAAAGGCUCGCGCGUCUUCCUCAAAGAAGUCGGCCUCUUCGCCGACGGCGCAGCCGUCAAAACCGUCGGCGAAGAAACCUUCCGCAUCUGCCAGGAAGUCGUCGACGAAGUCGUCCAAGUCACCACCGACGAAACCUGCGCCGCCAUAAAAGACAUAUUCGAAGACACGCGCUCCAUCGUCGAGCCCGCCGGCGCGCUCGCCCUCGCCGGCCUCAAAAAAUGGGUGAAGCGCAAUCCCAGCCCGAACCCAUCCCGCGGCCUCGUCGCCAUCGCCUCAGGCGCAAACAUGAACUUCGACCGCCUCCGCUUCGUCGCCGAGCGCGCUGCCCUCGGCGAAAACAAAGAAGCCCUCAUCAGCGUUACCAUCCCCGAACAGCCAGGCGCCUUCGCAAAGCUCGUCUCCGUCGUGCACCCCAUGGCCGUCACCGCCUUCAACUACCGCUACUCGUCCCCCUCCGCCGCAAACAUCCUCAUCGGCGUCGAAAUGAAAGCCGGCACCCGCUCCACCGACCUUCCAGACUUGCUCGCCCGCCUCUCAGCAGAAGGCAUGAGCGCGACCGACCUUUCAGACGACGAGCUCGCAAAGUCGCACAUCCGCUACUUGGUAGGCGGCCGCAGCGACGCCGCCGACGAGCACAUGUUCAUGUUCGAGUUCCCCGAGCGAGGCGGCGCGCUGUACAACUUCCUCAACACGCUUCAGCCAGGCAUGAACAUCUCUCUGUUCCACUACCGCAACUACGGUGGCGACGUCGCAAGGAUAUUAGCCGGGAUACAGUGUGAGGAGGGGAAGUACGGCGAGCUGGAGACGUUUCUGCGGGACAUCGGGUAUCCGUAUAAGGAUGUAACCGGGAGUGAGAGCUAUAAGCAGUUUUUGAGGAGUUAG